UUCACACCAUUUCUGUUCAACAAGGCCACUAUAAAUACCUCUACAGUCUUACGAAGAUAUCAUAAACAAAGCUUACUGAGAAAGAUCAACUAAGGAACUUGGAAUUAAUUUAUCAACAAAGAUGAAGAAUGAUGCAGUUCUAGCGACGGCACUGGCGGUGCUAACCGUGCUUACCUUGAAGGUGGAGUCAGGCCAGGCCAUAAGUUGCGGACAAGUUAAGUCGACUCUCGUUCAGUGCUUAGAGUUUCUCAGUGGCGGACUGGGCCCCUCGCCAGCAUGCUGCAGCGGGGUUGGAAAUCUGAAAGCGAUGACUCCAACCACCGCCGAUAGGCGAGCAGCUUGCGGGUGUUUGAAAGACGCUGCGGGUCGCUAUCCCAGCAUCCAGCCAGACAAGGCCAGCCAACUUCCACAAGCGUGUGGCAUUCAGAUCGGUGUUCCCAUCACCAAGGACGUCGAUUGUAGCACUGUUCCUUAGAAGCAGAGAAAGAUGGUGCUGGCAGCUCUGUAUUAUGGCUCUCUCAUGGAAGACCCUUGCAAUGUAUUCUGCAUUGAGCUACUUGUACUGCAUAAAUUCCUGCCAAUCUGAAUAAAUUCUUGCAA